UUCAUUCACAGCACACAAAUCAAACCUAGCAUUCCCCACAGCGCCACCACCGACGAGCUUCUUCUUCUCCUUUCCUCACCCACAGCGCCACCGCCGGCCACUCUAACCGCCGCAGCUACUUUCUCCUUCUUCUCCUCUUCUUUAAACACUGAACCAGUAGAAUACAGCCCCUGUGUCUCUCGUUCGCAGAACAAAGUAAGCUCAAGCUCCACCACCGCCGCGCCUCUCUCUCCUUUUAUCCCCUUCAGUUCUGGCUCGCAUACCUUCGCGCAAGCCCUAGCUCCGUGGCGACCAAAAUCAGUUCCACCGUCAGCCGCGGUUCCACCUCUCUCUUGCCCCCUGUUCGAAUCGAUAUGUAUUAGUUUGGGAGGGAACUUGACAAUGGUGGAUCUUCCUGGUAUAACUAGGGUUCCUGUUCAUGGCCAACCUGAAAAUAUCUAUGAUCAGAUCAAGGAUAUUAUCAUGGAGUAUAUUAGGCCUGAAGAGAGCAUUAUUCUGAAUGUUCUUUCUGCUACCGUUGAUUUUACUACUUGUGAAUCCAUAAGAAUGUCUCAGUCUGUGGAUAAAACUGGUUUGAGAACCUUGGCUGUUGUAACAAAGGCCGAUAAGUCUCCUGAAGGCUUGUUGGAGAAAGUAACUGCUGAUGAUGUUAACUGGUUUGAGUCUCAUCCAAUGCUUUCAAAGAUUGACAAAUCCAUUGUUGGUGUUCCUGUUCUGGCACAGAGGCUAGUUCAAGUUCAAGGCAUGAUCAUCUCCAAAACUCUGCCCGAAAUUGUGAAGAAAAUCAAUGAGAAGCUGACUUACAAGCUGACUUAAUUUCACCAAGAUGCUCAACCAGAAGUUCUCCCUCAAUCACAGAUCCCUUCUCAGUCAACGGAGACUAUUAAGAUUCCUACCGCUAACUAUGAGUUUGGUGCAACCUUCAUUGAUCAUCCCAAGUUGAUGCUGUUGGGGAGAAUAUUGACUGAUGGAAGGCCCAAUGCAAGAGUCAAGUGCGACGUCUCUGAAAAUCUCACUCUUAAAGCCAGUGCUCAGAGGAGUCUCAAUGCACAACAUAAACAGUCGUCUUAAUAUGAUGAACAAAAACAGAGAGAUAUCCCUUUGUGGACUGAAAAUGAGGGCUGUUCAGCUUUCAACAGAUCACAGCACAAGUAUUGAAGAGGUCAUUGAGUAUAUUCAUUUCUUACAAGAGAAGGUGCAUAAGUAUGAAGGUUCAUUCCAAGGAUGGAACCACGAGCCAGAAAAACUGAUGCCAUGGAGGAAUAAUGACAAGCCAGCAGAGAGUUUUGAAGCUUGUGGCACAAAUAGCGGGUCAGGUCCAUCGCCAACCUUGCUCUUUGCUUCAAAGAUUGAUGAGAAAAAUAUCACUCUCUCCCCACCAAUUACUGGAAGUUCUCAGAAACUAGAACCUGGCUUGAACACAGCAACUCCCUUCAAGAACAUGGAUCAUCCUCCUGGAAUAACAAACAACACUUUUCCAAUUCCUAUUUCUUCACCGCCAAACUUCUUCCCUCCUAGAAAAAGCAUUGGUCUAGGCGAAAUGCCUCACGUCACACAUAGACUUCCAUCUGAUGCUGGGAAUGGCAUAUACCAACCUUCAGUGGAGUGUCAGACUGUGACUGCUACUAAUGAAAAGUUGAAAGAGAAAGAGCUCGCUAUUGAAGGUGGUGCCAUUAGCAUCUCAAGUGUAUACUCAAAAGGGUUGUUGGAUACACUUACACAUGCACUACAGAGUUCGGGAGUGGAUUUGUCACAGGCUAGCAUCUCAGUGCAAAUUGAGCUUCGUAAGCAAGAAAACAUUAUCAGACCAACUUUGCCAAUGUCAAUGUGUGGCAUUAAGGGAAGUUUUGCUUGCAAAUGUAAAGGUUGCAAUCAUUGGAGGAGGAUUGAUGGGCUCUGGAAUUCAAACAGCAAAAGAGUGCCCGAAAUCUGGAUGGGUAUCAAUAGAAAUCAACAUUGAUACUGUAGAACGUACACAAUUAUUGUCAAGUUUCUUAUUCACCAUUCAUUUGACACUUGAGAGAUUGUUGUAUCUGAGUUCUAAAUUGAUAUGGAGAUUUUGGAGUUUUUCAAUUUUUGUUUUAGUAUGGAAAAUAACACAGCUUUUAGUAUAGUUGAUAGUUUUAGUAUGGUUGAAUAAUACAUUGAGGAUUAUAGUUGAUGUAUCAAUACAUUUUGUUUGUAUUUUGAAUUAUAUUGACUUGUUUGUUUA